CACGAAUUUCCUGUGUGUGAUAAGGCUGUGAUAAACGCUAUUAAGCUGUCUACAUAUGCAAUGACUUCAUUUUUUACAAUCAAAAGGUGGACCGUGUCAUGGAUACAGCGAUGAGAGACUGAAACAGUUCAUUAGAUGAGUAAGGAACUUGGUUCACCACAUGACGCAAUGCAUUUUUAAUUUACUAACAAUCUGAUACAUAGUUCGCGCUUUGUGACACGCAAGCAAGGAAGAUGCGCUCACAACAUCUAAAAUACAGCCACAAAGGCAUUUUCUUCCAGACAUGCGAUGAUAGUCUAAACAUGAUAAGAUUUGUCAGCAUAAAUUUAGCAAUCACUGCUAGAGACGAUGAAACAGAUUCACUGCAACUUUUUGUCUGGCUGGACGUGGAGCAUCUGUUACCACGACUACGGUGAGACGAAGCAUAUGUGAUGCAAAGUGCGCUCAGCAACGAUUAAACAAACUAAAGUGUAGAGCAUCUUAGUCUAUGAAAGCUGGGUGGGUCAAGUCAAAGCCUUUGCAAAUGGGUGUCAAUUAAGAGUAUAAUCCAUCAAGGUAAGACAGCAACAUGAAAAAAGACUGUCACGUUUGAUCACGUUUAAUAUACGACGUAGCUUCUCAUUGCAUCGUAAUCUAGCGAUGCCGAUCACAUAGUACUCUAUCUAUGCUACUCCAAACUACUGGAAUUUUAUAUGGAUGCAAUCUCACGCGUAUCAUUUUAUCAGAUUUACUACUUUGAUCCAGAAAUUCAGACACCAUUCGGUUUCAACAAAUCCACGUAGAGCACGAGAUGUGACUAAAUUGCCUAAGGAGGUCAAGAGGGUGAUACAAACCCAUUAUAGAUAUGACCUUUGCGGUCCAAUAUGGCGGGGGUAUGCUUUUGUC